AUGCCAGACGAGCUGUUUUUCGUCAAUGCGCCGAAUGCUCAAACUCGUCGCCAAGCAACAGCCGACUACCUAGCCAAGGCAAAGUUCCAUGAACCACGUCCAAACACGGAUGGAGUUGUUGAGGUGCUACGUCACAUAGGACACCCAUUUUCAGACGGCAGCAUUAUAAAUCGAGAGACCUCCGUCCAACAAGACCACUUAAUUCGAAAAUCUAUACGAUUUGGUCAAUCUGAUCUCCUCGCAGAAAGGGGAAAUCUUGAGCUUAUCGCCAAAGAAACAAACGUGCCGGUACCCCGUGUCUACGACUUCUAUACAACGAACGAAUUUGAGCAUCUUAUCAUGGAAAAGAUGCCUGGAGUAACGCUUGAAUAUGCCUGGCCUGACCUGUCCUCUCAGGAGAGAGAAGACUUGGCAGACCAGGUCGUUCAACUUGUCAGCCAAUUUCGCCGUUUACAAUCUCCCUCUAUCAACGCCGCCCUUCUAAACAGAAAGGCUCUUCGACCAGGCCUACAGAACAGCUUUGACUUCACUAUAGAGCGAAUGAAGAAAUACACCUGGUGUGAUGCUGCUGUACAUUAUGUUCAGCUUAGGUGUGCGGCAUUACACGACAUGCCUAAUGUAUUCACCCAUGCUGACUUGGACUGGAGUAAUAUAAUGGUGUUGGAUAAGAAAGUUUGUGGUAUCAUUGAUAUGGAGUGCAGCGGUUUCUUCCCUCCCUACUGGGAAUGGUUUUCUGUUAAGAGGAUGGCAGAAGGUCAACCAGAUGGGUCUUGGUUCCGCCUUCUGGAGGCGCGCUUGGCCGACGACCAGUACGCUGCCAUGUGGGAAGUAGAAAGGCUUAUUCAAGCACUGGACCAUCAUUCAGAGUGGGCCUUGACACCUGAUGAGCGGUUCGCAAAUCGUUCGAAUGGUUGGGCCGAAGUCAGCUGUAUUCUUGGUGUGGAUGUUGGCCCUGCCCCUCAAACCUCCUAUGAUCCAUGGUCCAAGAACCCUUGGUGGCUUAAUUAUCGCCCCAAGAGAGAAGAUAACGCAGGAUCGAGCACUUCGAAGCCGGACAACACCGCUGAGAGUAGAGGCGGGUUCUCGAACCCGAACGCAACUCUACACGAGCCGGCCGAGGUCGAAUUGGCUGGGAAGGGAGCCCUGCCAGUCUCUACAUAG